AUGACUGAUACUAAACCCACAAUCUUGGUGUUCUGCUGCGGAGAGCUAGAAGGCGGCCUUAAGAAGAUCAAGGAGAAAGCUAAUAUCUACCAAGCCUCCUACUCAAAGCACAAUGCCCCGGCGAAGCUUCUAAGCGAACAUCCGUCAGCUCGGGCCAUCUGGAUCGUUGACCCCGAUAUUGCAACCCCGAAAUAUAAAGAUCUGUCCAGCAAAGUUGUCAACUAUGUCCGAAAUGGAGGGACCGUUAUCUUAGGUGGCUUCUUCUCAACGGGCAUUACACCUCCCGACUUCAACAAGUGGAUGAAAGACGUGUGGGACUUGCCUUGGCGAUAUGGCCAAUAUGAGACAACUACAGUUGUCUUCCAAAGCUCUGCCGUUGGCCCUCGGACCUUCUGGCGGGACGGUCUAGCAGCUGCAUAUACUCAGAAAGGAGUUUUCCUCAAAAAUGUAUCUCCUGCCGACUCGUGGUAUGCUUCGCCCCCGGGAUCGACCAGCGAGUCUCGUGUUUUCGGUCCCGUUCCCAUCGAGGCCCAGACAUCUAUCGCGUUUGGCAGGGUUGGCAAGGGUUGGCUGGGAUGGACAGGCGAUAUCCAUAACCGAGAGGAGACUGCUUCCGCUGUGCGAGCAAUGAUGGGACUGAAUAUGGGAGAGGAGGAAGACCACCUAUAUCUCCCUGGGACCUGGGGCAUUAACUCCGGCAUCGCCACCUGGAUCCUUUUCACCUUCUUUGUGAUCACAUAUGUUCUGCAACAGGCAUAUAAUCUUGGUACAACACCCGAGAAUCGCUUGUUAUCCCCUAGCUCACUCCUUCGCAACCGGACUAUCCUUCUCACUUGGAUCUGCACGUUCUGUGCCGCCGCGUCGUACGGCGCUACAUUAUAUUAUGUGCCCAUAUACUUCGCCUUUAGGCACGGGUUAGAUCCGCUUGCGGCUGCAACCCGAUUACUGCCUUUUAUUGGCGUUUUCAUAUUUACUAUCAUGCUAUGCGGCCGUCUACUCCCUACACUUCGAUUUUAUAAAUCCUUCUUCGUCGUCGGAUCUGCUCUUCUUCUAGUGGGCGGAGGUCUAUUCCAGAUGUUAAGCACCAAUAUGUCUGAGUCAGCUGUCAUGGGCUUCGAAAGCGUUGUCGCCGCUGGGCUCGGCAUCAUCUGGCAGUUAGGAGUACCAGUAUGCACAACCUUCCUACCCAGCACCGAGGACCGCCUGGAUCUUGCUCUACUAAGCAACAUGGCGCAAUUAGGCGGCAUUGCGGCCUCGCUUUCUAUCGCAGGGAUGGUCUAUCAGAGUACGGGCUUCCAGUCACUAAAAGAUUCCGUCGGAGGCAUGGGGUUCUCCGAUGGGAGUAUCCGCGAGCUACUCUCGGGCGUUGAGUCACCAAUUCUAAAGGAUGCCGAUCCGAGGGUGCUACGAUUGGCUGUAAGAGCCAUCGUCGACGCCAUUAGGGCAUGCUUCAUCAUUCCGCUCACUGCCGGUUGUAUAUCGUUCCUUGCAGCUUGGAGCAUGAACUGGGAAGCUCUCGAGUUCAAUCAGCCUACUAGGCAACGACAUGUACGGCAAUCAGGGGAUACCCAGCUUCGCCAUCAAAGAUCUGAUGCCGAAUUUCUACUGGAUGAUCUGAAUACUCGAGGCGAGGGUGCAGGUGGUGUGUUGAAUUCGCUCGCCGCAGUGCAUAUUGAUAAGAGAUAA